AAAGGUGUUCUCAGCCAAAACCCACUCAGUGAGGGACACAGUAGCCCGCUACAAUGCAGGGCAAGGUUAGGUGUGAUGUCGCCAUCAUAAGGCACUGCAAGCAGAAGGCAAAGAAUACUGGAUUGAACCACUAGAGUUAAACAAUCAGUUUUUGUAUAUCAGCCCCAGCAUCUGGGGCUGCCUGCAAGAAUCCUCACAUCAGAAACCUGCCAUCUUGCACAGACAGCAACUCAAUGACUAGCACAUCCCAUAGAGACAAUGCUUUUGGGGGAACAAGUUAGCAUCUGGCAGAGAUGUUAGAAAAGAGGGACCUUUUCCCUCUUCAUCAUCAGAGGCACCAGGAAAACCAAUGAACUUAUUUGUUAGCUGGUUAAACAAUGCCCUUGAAGGAUUUGUGAGGUUACAGGGGCAGCACAUGCCAGUUCCACGCACUAGCCUUAGUGGCAGUACUGCUAGGGCCUCCUCACUCCCACUGCUUCCCGCUCUAGCCUGUCAGGUGCAUAAAUCUCAACAACCCCUAACCAAAUUUAUUAGCUGUUAUCCAUAUUACCUUUUGGCCUGGAGGCCACUCUGGAUAGGGAACAGUAGGAAUUCAGCUUGAGCACUUUUCUAUGGACACCUGGUCUGUGGAAGGUUAUGGGCUGUGGUCAUUAAGGAAUAAACCCCUGAGAGAUGCUGCAAAAGUUCCCUUGGGCUGUCCUUGCUCGGGGCAGUCACAUCAGCGCAGCACACACACCCCAUUCCUUCUAGCACCAGCCACCAUAGCACAGACGGGCUGGUCACCACAGGGCUAGCUCCGCCUGUGGCAGUUAAAUCAGCUGGCAAGAGAAGGAUGUCUGGGAUGGACACUGGGUGCCCAAAAGCAGCCAUAUGUGUGCUGGCAGCAUGAACUUUGUGUUCCAGCCUUGCCAGACCUGUCCCCACAGAUUUGCGGUGCCCAAAGCCAACAGCCACAAAGGGGUGAAGGGGGGAAUGUCUGUUGCCAAAGGCUUCCCAGCCCCUGCAUGUUCCUCCCACUUCACAGAGUCUUAUCUGUUAGGAGCCAAUGGCUGGGUGGCCCCACGCAUUAGCCCAUCUUGUCAUUUAAUUAAUUACCUUCUGGCUAAUCCCAUCUGAGCCAGACUGGGAGUGAGCAGGGCUCAGCUGCUAACCAUGGCUGCACACACUCCUCUGCCCACCAACAUCCGCUGGGGCUUGAUGACUUUCAGCAGCUCCCUGUUCAUCAACAACAAGACCCAAGACAGUGGAUCUGCCCGGAUCUACCAUCCAGGUAUAGUGGCAGAAGAAGGUUUGGCUGCAGGGGACUAUUUAUUUUUUUGCUGUUGCUUCAUCACUGCAAGCCUGCUUGGCUCAAAAAAGCAGCCAGGUGCCUCCAAGCCAUGGGAGAUGGGUUCCCUGCACCCACCCAGUGAUGGGUGAGAGCAAAAAAUAAAUGCAUUUGCUGCAAAUAAUAGCAGUUCUUGCAAGUUGCAAGGACUUCCCCAGGUGUCCCCUGUGCUGGCUUUGGGCCCUGCCAGGCUGCCCUUCAGCCAAAGCUCCUCCAGAGCUGCUGCAGCCUUGCCAGCAUGGCUGGGGCCAUCUCUCUUCCCCUGGCAAGCUGCAAGGCAGGGUCUCCCUGUGGAGAGUGAGGCCUUGGGCAGUGCCGGGGAGAUCUGCCCACCCCUGCCUUCCCCCUGCCUAGCCCGCGAGAUGCUGGCCAGCCUGCCCCUCCAGAUGAUGCUGUACUUUAAUGUCUGCUACUUCCCGUUCUGGUGCCUGGCUGAGGGGACGAUGCUCCAACUGAAGUACAGCCUGCUGCCCCAGUACUACCAGCUGCUCCUGGUUGCUGCUUUCCUCAUCCUCUCAUUGGCUGAGGGCUUCCGCCUCUAUCUGGGCUAUACAGGGAACCUACAGGAGAAGGUGCCUGAGCUCGCUGGGUUCCUCCUUCUCUCGUUCCUAAUCCAGCUCCCCCUCCUGCUUUUCCUGCUCAUGGACAACAAUAUCAUCCGACUGCCCCUGGAGACAGCUGUCCACAUCCUUUACCUAGCAUUCCUGGUCUCAGAGAUCCCAGCAUCCUUCUUUGCGCUGAAGGCAAUGACCAAGCAGCUUGCAACACAGUUCUAUCUGCAGCAGUUCAAGGAUGGAGACAGGCCACAACAUCCGAGGCAGAAAGGAGGAGGAGGCCAGGAGGUCAAGGAUGAUACUCCAGGAACAGUCCUUCUGUAGGACAAGGCAGAGUCUCCCUGCUAAGGCAGCCUCAGCAGCUCAGGGACCUUUCAGGAGCAAGGAUCAUUAAACGGUGUUCUGUGAUCUCUG